ACGCGUCCCGUCGGAAAGUUCAACAAUAUUUUCUCAUUUCACUUCUUCCUUCUUCUUCUUCUUCUUCUUCAGGUUUUUGUCACACUACCCAACACUCCCUCCUCUCUCCCGCUCCCGCUCGCGCUCGCUCCUCUCUCUCUCUCUAUCUGUUACGCAGUAUCACCUUGAGAGACCAGUGAGCCGACCCAUUUCUGGGAUUCGAAUCAAUGGGUCGGACCCAGGUACCCAGCCCGGAACCCGCUUCCGACGACCCCACGGCGGCCGCAUUGUACUCGAUCCGAGACCGGUUUCCGUUCAAACGAUACAACAACUAUAGCACCGACGCGGCAGUUUCGCGUUCCUCUAAGACAGCGUCGUCCCACAAGACCUCCCGAUCUCACCACCACCAUAAGCGGAAGCUCUCCUUCGCUCCCUUUAUAGGGAAAUCGUGGUUCUACUUGUGCAUUUUCAUGGUGAUUUUCACGUUUGCUUUCGCAUCCAUGGUUUUGCAGAGCUCGAUCAUGUCGGUUUUCCGGCAGGGAGUUAGCGGAGAGAGAAUGCGGUGGAGGUGGUCCGUUAAGGAGGGGUUGGAGUUGGGAAGCUCUUUGGAGUUUGUGCCGGGCUGGCGGCUUGAGCUGAACGCAAGCAGGCUCAAUUGGCUCAGAAGUCAGCCGAGGAUCGGCGUUCGGCCUCCAAGAAUCAGUCUGAUACUAGGGAACAUGAAGAAAGAUCCUUCAACGUUGAUGCUAUAUUCUGUGAUGAAGAAUUUGAAAGGUCUUGGCUAUCUGCUUAAGAUAUAUGCCCUGGGAGAUGGCAGAGCCCGUACAGUUUGGCAAGAAAUUGGAGGUCAAGUCUCAAUGUUAACCCCUGAAAGAUAUGGCUAUAUUGAUUGGUCAAUUUUUGAUGGUAUUAUUUUGGACUCUCUUGAAGCAAAAGAUGCUAUUUCGAGCCUUAUGCAGGAGCCUUUCUGCUCUGUGCCACUGAUAUGGAUUAUUCAAGAGGAUACUCUUGCCAAUCGCCUACCAAUGUAUGUGAACAUGGGCUGGGACCGCCUCAUUUCUAAUUGGAAAAAUGCAUUUAGUAGGGCUGAUGUUGUGGUAUUUCAAGAAUUCUCCUUUCCGAUGUUAUAUAGCAUGCUUGACACUGGAAACUUCUUUGUGAUUCCUGGAUCACCAUUAGAUGUUUGGGCCGCAGAAAGCUAUAGUAAGACCCAUUCCAGAUCUCAGCUGAGGAAGGAAAAUGGUUUUGAUGAUGAUGAUCUGCUGGUUCUAGUUGUUGGGAGUUCAUUCUUCUACGAUGAGCUGGCUUGGGAUUAUGCUGUGGCUAUGCAUGAUCUAGAACCAUUGCUCCUUAAAUAUGCGGGAUCAAAUGAUGUUGGAUUUACAUCUAAAUUUAUCUUCCUUUGUGGAAACUCCAGCAAAGACUAUGAUGAUGCUUUGCAGGAUGUUGCUGCCCGUUUGAGACUCAAUCAAGGAUCAUUGAAGCAUUAUGGCAUAAAUAGUGAUGUGAACGGAUUGAUACUGAUGGCUGACAUUGUUCUGUAUGGCUCCUCUCAAGAUGAGCAGGGCUUCCCUCCCUUACUGACAAGGGCCAUGGCAUUUGGAAAUCCUGUUAUUGCCCCAGAUUUUCCAGUCAUAAGAAAAUAUGUUGUUGAUGGAGUACAUGGGAUAAUUUUUCCGAAAAAUGAUGCUGAAGCUUUAACAAAUGCAUUUUCACUUCUGAUAUCUGGGGGAAAAUUAUCUAGAUUUGCACAUUCUGUUGCUUCCUCAGGAAGGCUGCAUGCCAAGAACAUGUUUGCAGCAGAAUGCAUCGUUGGUUAUGCAGAACUACUUGAAUAUGUCUUUGAUUUCCCAUCAGAUGUCUUGCUGCCAGCCCGUCCUUCUGAGCUGAAAAAUCUUACUUGGGAAUGGAGUCUAUUCAGAAGGGAACUUGACCAGAUAUAUAGUAAUACAGAACUUUUAGAAGGUUAUUCGUGGAUGAAUUCGAGUAAUGUUUACGAUCUUGAGGAAGACAUGAAAGAUUAUGUUAGGUCAAAGAAUAUAACCCAGGAUAAUUCUGAAGAUCUGGAAGAGGAUAUUCCAACGUUGUUGGACUGGGAUAUCUUGAGUGAAAUAGAAAGCUCUGAGGAAGUUGAGAUGCUAGAAAGAGAGGAGAUCGAGGAAAGAAUGGAGAAAGACAUUGGUGAAUGGGAUGACAUCUAUCGCAAUGCUCGAAAAUCUGAAAAGCUUAGGUUUGAAACAAAUGAGAGGGAUGAAGGCGAGCUAGAAAGAACUGGUCAGCCAGUAUGCAUUUAUGAGAUCUACAAUGGUGCGGGGGGUUGGCCAUUUCUACACCAUGGUUCUUUGUACCGUGGUUUAAGUCUUUCUACUAGAGCCCAAAGAUUGAGUUCAGAUGACGUGGAUGCAGUUGGUCGGCUUCCCAUCUUGAAUGAUACAUAUUAUCGUGAUAUCCUCUGUGAGAUUGGAGGCAUGUUUUCAGUUGCUAAUAAAAUCGAUGACAUUCACAAGGCGCCGUGGAUAGGAUUUCAGUCAUGGCGUGCGUCUGGGAGGAAGGUAUCCUUAUCCACAAAUGCAGAAGAGGUCUUAGAGAAAGCAAUUCAUGAAAACCCUAAAGGAGAUGUGAUAUACUUCUGGGCAUGUUUGGACAUGGAUGGUGGCAUUGUAGGAAAAAAUGAUUUGCUUACCUUCUGGUCCACAUGUGACAUAAUAAAUGCAGGAAGGUGCCGAACAGCCUUUGAAGAUGCAUUCAGAAGAACGUAUGGGUUACCAUCAAACAUAGAAGCUCUUCCACCCAUGCCUGAAGGUGGUGGGCGUUGGUCAGCGCUGCACAGCUGGGUGAUGCCUACCCCUUCCUUUCUGGAGUUCAUAAUGUUCUCUAGGAUGUUUGUUGAUUCUCUUCAUAGUCUACACGUGAAUUCAAGCAAGAUGCCCGGCUGUUUUCUAGGCUUUUCGGCACCUCAGAACAAACAUUGUUACUGUCGGCUUUUGGAAGUCUUGGUAAAUGUAUGGGCUUAUCAUAGUGCACGGAAGAUGGUUUACAUUGAUCCUCAUACAGGCUCAUUGAAAGAACAACACCCUAUUGAACAUCGUAAAGGAUCUAUGUGGUCCAAAUACUUCAAUGCCACCUUAUUAAAAAGCAUGGACGAAGACCUUGCAGAGGCUGCAGAUGAUGAUGACCAUCCAUACAGACCAUGGCUGUGGCCAUUAACAGGGGAAGUUUACUGGCAAGGUGUAUAUGAAAGGGAGAGAGAACAAAGAUAUAGGCUGAAAAUGGACAAGAAGAGAAAAACAAAAGAGAAACUACUUGACCGGUUAAAGCAUGGAUAUAGACAGAAGACACUAGGAGGAUAGGAGGCUGAUAGGUUCAAUUAAUGUUAUUGAUGGAGCCAUCUGAGUUAGAUGCAGCAACUGGACUAAAUGUGCAUUCUCAGCUUGGUCUUGAUAAGAGAUAUCCUGGCGAAAAUUCGGCUUAAAUCGUCUAAGGCAUUAGACUACUGCUGACACGACUCUAACAUAACACAUGCGUAGCUAGAGAUGGCUCAGCAAGGUUGAGCCCACGAACUUUUGGCUCGUCACAUGCUUGAAGCCUUUCAGAAUUUCUACUGGCUCCAAAGUUUUUUGAGGUGUACCAAUUUUGAUUACGAUUCUUUUUAUUUUUUAUUUUUCUAUACUAUAAACAUAAUUCAAUAGUGAUUCUGUACCUUCUUCUUUUCGUGGUUUUCUCAGUUUGUACAUACCAUUCUCGAUAAUGGAAGAAAAUUUCUCUUU